ACGGGACCGUAUGGGCGACUCCCCGGUCGGCAUAGUAUAACCCAAUGUCUUCGUCGGAAACCCCCCCCGCUACCUCCGCCGACAACAAUGCCGCCGCCCCCCGUGCGGAGCUUGAUAUCACCAAGCUCCAUGCGCUCCCCUCCGAACAGCAGGACCUCUACCUCCUCACCUUCACGUCCGACCUAGUCCAGCACCUCUCCGGCCUGGAUAAGGCCGAAGUGUCCUCGCAGCAGAAGUUCUUGAAAAAAGAGCUUUUCAAGAUCCUCACCCUCCCUUCGCCGACCCUCACGCGAGUUAUCCGCAACAACCUGGGACGAUGCUUCGGCGCGAUAUUCAGCAAGGGUGACCGGGGCAUUCUCUUCGAGACGGUCACGGACCUUCUCGGGCUGCUGAAUGCGGGCAAAAGUGAGGCGGAACUGAAGACCAAGUUCGCUGCCGCCCAUUGCAUGGGCGAGGUCUUCGCCGUUGCCGGGGAAAGUGUCUUUGCGCAGUCCGGCGGAGUGGUCUCGAGCUUGCUCAAGCUGCUCAAAGCUUCCAGUAACCACACGGGUUGUCGUGGGUCGACGUUUGCCGUGCUCCGGAAGGUAGUCGUCGGUACUGGAGUCCCCGUGGACGAAGGAACGGCGCGCGACGUCUGGAAGCAAGCUCGCAAUGCCGCAACCGGGGACAAAUCUACUUUUGUCCAAGUGCAUGCCUGUCGCUGUCUUGAACAACUGGUGAACACAACCCCGUACUUUGACAACACGAACGACUUCGAUCACCUGAAGACCUUGGCAUGGAAGGUCAUUGACAGCCCUGUGGCUCCCGUCAGACACGCUGCAGCGACAUGCCUGGCUCGUGCGUUAGCCAAACUGCAUGCAACGGAUGCCCCUAUCAUCGCGGCCCCGAAAUCGAAAAAGGCGAAAAGAAUGUCGAGGAAGCCGACAGCUAAGCCUGGGGAAGACGAAGAUGAGGCCGAGGUUUCAGAAUCCUCUGCCGCCCCCAAGAAGUCCGACCAGCGCCUGUUUUUCCUUCUUCCCGACCUUCUCCGUCAGCUCUCCUUACAGUACUUGCGGAGUACGACAUCGAAUCGGGCCCGGGCGGGGAUCGCUAUCUGCUAUAAGCACGUUCUACGCAUUUUGGGGGAUAAGACGAUUGAGGAACGUUACGGGCAGAUUGCAAAUCACCUGCUGUUCGAAGUCCUCAACCACCCCACGGUGACGUACAACCGAUUCCGGCUUCUGAUGACCAGGAAGUUCGUGAAAAGCAUUUUGGAGGAUACCGUCGGCCGCGAAUCGCUCCGGGAGACCAGUCAACUCAAUGCUGCCAAGUGGCUGAUCAACGAUGUUCUUAAGGACUAUCCCCAAGUGAUCCAGGAGCGUCGCGAGCCGAGCAAGCAUUCUCUCACAAGCGCUCUGAGUGCUUUGUCUUCCCUGAUAGCGUCGCUUGGCUCUGCAUUCGGAACUCUGGCUGAACCGUGUCGCGAGGCUUUGCUUCAGGUUCUCCCGCACCCCAGCUACACUGUCCAGAUACAUGCCGCGCAGUGUCUUCGCAACUUUGUUCUUGCCUGUCCGCAUCAAUUGCUGUCGUGUGUUACGAUCAGCUUGAACAGUCUGAGCCGAGAAGUAGCGCAAUUAUCCACCCCCCGGCAAUCGCCGCGGCGCUGUGUUGGCUAUGCGAACGGACUUUCGUCCAUGUUGAGCACGUCUCGAUUACAGCCUCUUUAUGGCUCAGUCGAAGUGUUCUCCCGGGUGUUCACUCAGGCAACUGACCUUUUGAAGACCAGUAGCAACUCUGAGCUACGUGCCGCAAGCACGCAGAUCCAAGUCGCUUGGAUUCUGAUUGGGGGGUUGAUGCCUCUCGGCCCAAGCUUUGUGAAGAUUCAUCUUUCCCAGCUAUCACUGCUAUGGAAAAAUGCACUUCCCAAGCACCUUAGUCAAGAAAAUUCUGCUAAGCGAGGUGUGCUGGAACUGAGCUUCCUUGCGCAUGUCCGAGAAUGUGCUUUGAGUUCUUUGUUGGUGUUUAUGGAGUUCAAUAGCAGGCUAAUAACUGCCGACGGUGCGAAGAGGAUAGCUAUCAUGCUCCAGAAUACGGUUGAGUUUCUCGAUGACCUGCCACGGCAAAAGUCCGUGAAUGAUAUCUCGCAGCGCCUCCAUCCGUCAUUGCAGUUGCAUGAUAUUGAAACUUUGGUUCGGCGACGAGUGUUACAGUGCUUUUCCAAGCUACUCCAUGUUCAUCCUCUUAGCCAUGCCGAUGUCAUCUCCCAAUCUAGUCUUCUGAGUUUGGCAAUUUCGUCCUUCGCAGACCCCGACGCUGUCCAGGCUGGUCCUUUGGAGAGCUCGAUUGCGGCCUCCACUGCGCAAUUUGAGUCUCUGUGGGAUCUCUGUGAUAAUUAUGGGUUUGGAGUGACAGGGCUGGCUAGGGAAUACGUGCGUGUGACGCUUACUGGCAAGCAUGGAUCCGAGAAUGGGCCUGCAUGGUCUGCUGUUGAUUCUGCGGAUCAAGCUAUCGAUGAUGCUUUGACUUUCCCUGUAUGUCAAGCGAGUGAACAUGACUCUCUUCUCUUAUAUUCUACGAGACAAGAGGAUUCUCUCCUGGCCGAUCCACAUUCCAUUGGCGUUGUGAACGCUGCUAUUGAGCUAUUCUCUGUUGCCAUUCCCCUCCACGCGCCUAAAGUCCAGGAAAGUUGUGUAGAGCAGAUCGCGACCUUCCUUUCCUCGACGAGUCUCCAGCGCAAUCCCGGGCGUAAGGCUGCUAUGCUUGUUAACGUGGCUGUCGCCUUACUUCACGCUCUAAAGGUUUCUGUUAGAGAGACUGGCUCUACUACCGGAAAGCUAAACCCCGCGACCGACAAAGUAUUGCAGGAGCUUGUCCAGAAAUUUGUCACCGAUGCUGAUCUGAUCGUUCGGACGAUUGGUGUCGAAGCACUCGGCCGGCUCUGCGAGAGCUCUGGAACCGCCUUCACCAACACGCAGAUCAACUGGCUCGUUGAUACUAUUGUUGAGAAUCGGGAGCCUAAUACCCGUGCUGGCUGUGCCGCCGCCUUGGGUUGCAUCCAUUCCCAGAUCGGUGGUAUGGCAGCUGGUCUGCAUCUGAAGACCAUCGUUGGUGUUUUGAUGUCACUGUGUAACGAUCCUCAUCCCGUGGUUCAUUUCUGGGCUCUUGGUGGACUAGAAAGGGUUGCCAAUUCUGCAGGAUUGACUUUCUCACCAUUUGUCUCGAGUUCUCUUGGGAUGCUGGCCCAGCUAUAUAAUGCCGACACACACAACGAGGAGGCGGCGGCUUUAGCAACUUCCAACAUUGAGAUGUCCUUCCUCACUCCGGUGGUGAUUAGUCGCUGUGUUGAUUCUCUCAUCAACGUUCUCGGACCCGAUCUCCAGGAUAUCACAAAAACGCGCAAUCUCAUUCUCACCCUUCUUAGGCAAUUCCAGCUAGAGGACAACUCGGCUUUGGUCACAGAGAGUUCCAAGUGUUUGGAUCAUCUGUCACUAUAUGCACCGGCAUACGUUGAUUUCUCUGGAUAUGUGAAACGUCUGCAGAGUGAGCUUACCGCCACGAACCCUUUGAUGAAGGAUGUAGCCAUUCGAGGGUUGAGUAACCUCAUGAAGCGGGACGCUGCGUCUGUCAUCCAGACAGCUACCCCGGCGCUCGAAGAAGAGAUCUGGCUUGCUUUUGAUGAUACCCCAGAUAAUCCAAUUCUGAGAAGCAUGAUUCAAGACUGGCUGCAGCAGACGGCACUUGUUGAAACCGAGCUGUGGAUACAGCGCUGCCACAACACCUUGACCAAGACGCGUGUCAAGGUAGAGGAGCCCCCUUUGACAGCCGGUAUCAAGCCCUCCGGGAAUGACAUACCGGAUGAUGAAGUUGCAGGUUUCGCGUCCGCGAUCGCGGGGGCCGGACAGUCGGAUGAGGCCAACAGUGCUGUCUCGGGACAGGAGCUCCUGAAAUGGCAGACUCGGAAUUUCAUCAUGGGCUGUCUCAGCGAGCUUUUGGCGAUAGUGCAAGAGGCCAUUCUUCCAGAUCAGACAAUCCCCGCUGAGCUUGCGCUUCAGCAGAAGGUAGGGGAUAUUGUCAGGAUGGCGUUCUCGGCAUCGACUGCCAACGUGAUUGAACUUCGGAUCUGGGGACUGAAGAUUAUCGAUCAGGUUCUUAAGAUGUUUGGCAAGACUCCGGAUCCGGACUUUACCGAGGCAUCUUUGCUGGAACAGUAUCAGGCUCAGAUUGGAUCCGCUCUCACGCCAGCAUUCGCCGCGGAUUCGUCCGCAGAACUGGCGUCAGAGGCGAUCAAUGUUUCCGCCACGUUUAUUGCUACUGGUAUAGUGACAAAUGUCGAUCGGAUGGGAAGAAUCCUCAAACUACUGGUGCUUGGGCUGGAGAACUUCUCCCAAAACCUUGACACCACUGAAAUUGGCGAUCUGAAAGGGCUCAAUCCCAACGCCAGAGUUAUGGUCAAGAUGGCCUUAUAUUCUGCCUGGGCGCGACUGCAGAUUGCCAGUAUUGAGCAGGAGUAUCUGAAUCAAGUUGUUCAGCCAUAUCUCACGAGGCUCACGCCCCUUUGGCUCUCUUCCCUCCAGGAAUAUGCUCGACUACGCUUCGAGCCUGAUAUUUCGGGAAGCCUGGGCACAGGGCCUUUGAGCGGUGAUUUGGAUGAGGUGUAUGCCGCGUUGAACCGGGAAACUCUCUUGAAGUUCUACCAGGAUUCAUGGCUGAACCUUGUCGAUGCCAUCGCUGGUUUGGUAGAAAGAGACAUCGACUUUGUAUUCGAUGCGCUGGAUGGCAAAUCGGAGUUGGAAGAUUCCACCAAGACGGAGAAAGAUGACCAGGUGACGCCCAGCGAGGAGCCCAAAGGAAAGGGCGACAACAUCAACUAUCGUGAUGAACCUGUCGCGUUCUUCUUCGUCCUGUUUGGCUUGGCGUUCGAAGCUCUGGUUGACCAGUCUACUCCCCCGUCCCACAGAUUGGACAUCCUUCAGGCCCUCAAGAGGAUCCUGAGACCAGUCAUCUCAGGCAAUGCGAUCUAUCAGGAUGCCAUCUUCUCGGAGACCAUGGACUCCCUUGACCGUUUGGCGUUGACCGAAACGAUCCCCAUCCAGAACGUCAUAGUCGAGAUCGCUCGCAACCUGUCCCUAGACCAUCCCUCCGCCAAGGGUGGCGAGGACCGGGGUGACCACCUAUCCGACGAUAUCGAGCAGCUUUUCGAGCUAACGAGAAGUAUCAUUCUCGUCCUGGCGGGUCUCCUCCCCAACCUGCGUGAAACCACACCUCUUGCACGGUUCAACGUGGGCUCAGACGAUGCGUUGUCUCUCAUCCGUCUUGCGCUUUCAUCGCUAGUCAACGUAGCCUCGAUCUUCCCAUCAAUCAUCCGCAAUGACCUGAACGCCUGCAUCCUGCACAUCUUCAGCACCAUCCUCGCCACUGGCCUGUGCCAGGCCGGAGUGGUGCCCCAGGCCCUUCCCAUCUUCAGACACUUCAUCAGCGGCAUCGCCAACUACCGAGAAGCCGGCCCCGAACAAUCAGAGAACAUCCUCGUCGUGUCCCGCCAGCUCCGCGGGUGUCUCACCCGGUUCCUCACCACACUCACCAUCGCCCAGCGGAGGGAAUCCGAAUCAUCUCUCCCCUGCGCAAAGAAUACCCUCCUCGCCAUCGCCAUCCUCCUCACAAGCGGCGGCCAUAUCAUCCCGCCCCAAGACCCCGUCAUCUCGCGCGUCCUCGACGAGCUCCUCGACUGUCUCCAAGACGUCGGCCUCGCCAACGUCGCCGCCGGCUGCAUCCGCUCCAUCCUCCUCACCACCAACCCCAAAUCCCCCACCAGCGAACUCAUCGCCCGCUACCUCACCCCGCGCCUCAUCGCCUUCUACGUCGGCUGUCCUCAAGAGAACGGCGAAAUCCCCAGCGACCCCGAGAACUCCAAGACCGGCAUCGCGCGCACCCUGGUCGCCUGCGUCAGCAACGCCGUCUUCGCCCCCACCGAGACCCCCACCGCCGUCUCCCUCAUCAUGUCCACGCUCCUGGCGCGCGCCCAACGUGACGGCCACCCCAUCUACAGGGAAACCGCGGGCCAUAUGCUCGAACUCGCCAAGGCGAACCAGGCUGUCUUCCGCGCCCUCGUGGCCACCACUAUGAGUCCGGAGCAAAAGGCUCUCCUCGAGGAGAUUCUCCGCAGCGCGGAGGUCGAUUCCGCGGCCAAUAAGCAUGCGAGGGAUACCGUCCAGUCCGGCAGUGAGCAGCAGAGUAUGCCCAGUAUUGCGCUGAGGUUUGAUUUCUAG